UGACAUUAUUGCGAAUUAAAUGGAGUUUAGUUUGCAUGCAUUUUUUUAAACUCAUGUCGUAGGCUACUGCCCGGUUAGUUUAGCAUGCAACCACCAUAUCUACCCUAGCAAUACCCUAGCAACCUUAUCAGUUACCCUAUUAACAACCUAGCAACCACCACUAAAAUGCCAAUCUAGCAACCACCAUAGCAACCAACAUAAUUACCCUUAGGCUAUGUUGUAUUUAAGGGUAGUAGGCCUAUAGGAUAUAACAGUUUGUCCCAUGAAUUACUCAGACUCAAAGAACAGCUGAUAAUGUGAGACUGACAAAACUAGACAAUUUAAUGUCAAACAACAUCACCUAAUAUGUUUAGCAGGAUUAUAUCACGUAUUUGUCCACGACUUUUACUUACAGCCUUUGAAUUGUACUGAGAAAUUGCACUAAAUUCGCGCGAUUCUAGGCUUUGUACACUAUGAAGCAGUGUUGGUCAGAUAAGUAGGCCUAUAUUUUGUUCGAAACAACAAAAAACAACACAAUUAUUAGGCUAUUUACAAAAUUGACGUCGCUAACUUUCUCCAUGGCUCGCUCUAUGCAGCGUUUCCUCUUUCUUGUGGUUGCGUGUGUCACGUGAUAGAUUCUGGGAUCCUAAUGUGUUCGUAUCGGAGUAUCAACCAUGCGAAUAGAUGAUAACAGCCUUCUGAAACUGCUAGAAGGUGUAGAUGGCCCCUUCUAACCCAUAACUAUGAGGCUGAUUACGAGUGAUAACGUUCGAAGCGGGUGGCUCAGCAAUAGGUAGGCUAUGCAGCGCAGCGUAUGGUUAGGCUACUUGUGUUUAUUAGACGUUCAAAACCAUGAUAGACCGCUAGGUUAGAAUGGCAUUAGAGAGCUGCCGAUAAUGAAAGUAAGUUGACCACUUCCUGGUCUAAGAGGAGCAACACCGUGCCACUAGACAGAAAGCACACAGAAGUGGAGGCAUGACUACAUGGGCGCAAUACCCACAGGGCUACGGAAAAACGGGCUCCACCCGCCACCGCGAGCGCACGGACGAACCGGGGGACAAAAGGUCAAGCGCGGAUAACCCUAUCAAGCGUGUGAGUGAUGACAGACCAUUCAGAAGAGUCAGAAGCCCCUCGCGGCUAACUCGUCCAUACAGGCCCAGGUUCGGUGGCAGAUUCUACAGGCCUCGGUAUUUUCCAGCGAGGGACAGAGGGUUCUUCCGCAGGCCCAGUUUCAGCCUUGGAUUUCACCGGCAUCAGGGUGACCACGGCCCCAGGGCCCCUCUGUCGCACCGCAAGCCAUCGCCUUCGCCCGCCUCUCGGCCUGAGCCAGUCCCCUGCCCAUUACCCUCUCCGUCCGAGCAGACCAAAGGAACUCCCCGCGCGUCUGCAGAUUCAGGCAGAGAGGAAAAGCGCUCCCUGUCAUUCACGGUGUCUCAGAAAGACGAAGCCCCCCAGGCCAGGGAGGAGCCGUCUGCUGUGUCCAGGGCUUCAGCCAGAAGCAGAGCCAUCCAGCGAAAGAGACAGGAGAUCGAGGAGGUGUACCGGCAAGACUGUGACACAUUCGGUGUGGUGGUGAAGAUGCUGAUCGCCAAGGACCCGUCGCUGGAGCGGCCUAUCCAGACCUCUCUGCAGGACAACUUGCGGGAGAUCGGCCUGCGUUGUGUGGAGGCCAUGCAGGAGUUCAUUGAGGAGUACGACGCUCGCCAGCAAUCGCCCUCACCAGCGCUGCCGCCAGAGGAGGGCUCACCUCUCCAGUGACCCCCAGCAAGGGACCAGAGGGGACCCCCCCAUCCUGAAAUAGGAGACACUGAGCACAAGGAACCCUCCAGUCAGCUACACUCUUGGAGGAAGUUGCUUGUGUGUGUGUGUGUGUGUGUGUGUGUGUGUGUGUGUGUGUGUACGUUCAUAUGACUGUGUCUGCUGUCAUGAACAAUUUUUAAAGACCAACUGCCUUAUAACAUUGCCAUCUUUUUGUCAGACUACUGGCAGGAGCAUUUUAGCCCUCAAAACCAACACAUAAUGCGUUACAUAUUCAUACUAUACAACCAGUUUCACCUAAGUAUAAAAUAGGGCUUCAACAAUAAAUUAAUUGAUCAGUUGUCAACUAUUAAAUGAAUCACCAACUCUUUUGGUAUUAGUUUAAUCAUUUUUUCACCAACUAUUUUGGUAACCGGUUAAUUCAUAACAAAGUACUCUGAUUAUCGCUUCUUAAAUUUAAAUAUGUUCAGCUUCACUUACUCCUCUUUGUAAACUAAGUAUCUUUGCUGUGUGGACUAAACAAGACAUUUGAGGAGAUAUUAAUGGGCUAAUUGAUUAAUCGUAAAAAUAAUCUAUAGAUUAAACAACUAUAAAAAUAAUCAUUAGUUGCAGCCCUAGUAUAAAACUAGCUGGCUAGUUCUGGCUUAAGCUGUUUCUACAAUAUACACUGGGUGACUAACACAGCUACCUUAGUACUCAUGGCAUUUUGUUUUACAAACAAUGUCUGCCAUUUCUACUACAUGAAGGGUGUGCAAUAAACACAGUGGUUCUGAGUUGGCUUUAGAGGUGUUUGAUGUUAGCAUGCUCUACUGUAGGUGCUAUGAUAACUGCAGAAGGGUUCUUUUGACCAAAGAUUGGACAUUGUUUUCAAUAAAAUGAUGUCCAAACAUUUUAUAUUAUUUGUGUGUGUGUGUGUGUGUGUCUCUCUCUCUCUCUCUCUGUAUGUGUGAAAGUGGGUAAGCUAUAGUUAAAGAUCCUCUGAUGAUUCAGUGUUUACAGGUUGACUGAUGCCUUUUAUCUUUAUAAGAAGAAAAUGUUCUCAACUUGACAUUGCCAGGGAAGUAAAGAAAUCAUCUUUAGACAUCUUUGUUUCUGCUAUGUUUUUUCCUUUAUACUUAUGGAUGGGAGACACUGUCUUUCCAUAAAAGCAACUUCCAUAAAAGCUUGUCAUAACACAAUUGCUGCCAUUCGUAUAUUUCUUGAAUGAAUGCUGUUUUGUGAAAAUAAAGUAUAAUUUUUUAAAAUUAAA